CAAUGACAGCGCUGACAAGAUGGCGGCGAGCUAGAAAGUGAAGUGAGGAUGUCAACACUCGCGUCUUGACACGAAUCGAGCCGCGUUUUUCUCUCUGCGUGCUGCGGUCGCGGUGUCAGUGAGGCUGACGGGCAGCGCGGGCCCCGCACACCCCCCGGUCCGGCCGUGAGAGCGCACUGCGCCGCGUUUCAGCGCGAUGUUGUGGAAAUCCGUUUUGCGCAAACUCUGACUCUGAGUUUUGGGAGCUGUACCGAGGCGGCUAGCUGCAUAUAUUAUUAUUAUCAUACGUGCAGAUAUUUAUUCCUGUGUUUCUGAGUUUCUUUAACACUUGAAACUCGCCCGAGCAGCUUCUCUCCUCCGUCUCUUCACCUAAUGUCGGUGUCUGCGGAGGAAACGAGCGGCUAGCGGGUCGCAUGCAGCUGCGGGAAAGCUAGCGAGGCUCGGCCAGCAGCUCCCCCGAGGAGGAGAGGGGGGAGGCGGUAGCGGGGUCGCUGCUAACCGCGGCACUCUGACAGCGGCUAGCUGUGGAUGUUGUUUAGCUACAGUGUUAGCUCAACUAGCUAGCGCUCACUUCACUCCUUCUAAACCCGUGAAAACAGCGUUUAACUUUAAUUUAACUCACCAUAAACCCGACUGGAGAGUGACUGAUAGUGACUUAUCGGCGAGUUUUUUGGGGAUAAAAGUGUCGCCAUGGCUCAUUCCCCGGUCCAGGGCGGGCUGCCAGGGAUGCAGAAUUUAAAAGCAGACCCUGAGCAGUUGUUCACAAAGCUGGAGCGCAUCGGCAAGGGCUCGUUUGGUGAAGUCUUCAAAGGCAUUGACAAUCGGACACAGAAGGUGGUGGCCAUAAAGAUCAUUGACCUGGAGGAGGCGGAGGACGAGAUCGAGGACAUUCAGCAGGAGAUCACAGUGUUAAGCCAGUGCGACAGCCCAUUCGUCACCAAGUACUACGGAUCUUACCUUAAAGGCACAAAGCUGUGGAUCAUUAUGGAGUAUCUGGGUGGGGGUUCUGCACUGGAUUUGCUGGAGCCUGGAGCGCUGGACGAGACUCAGAUCGCCACCAUCCUGCGGGAGAUCCUCAAGGGCCUGGAGUACCUGCACUCGGAGAAGAAGAUUCACAGAGACAUCAAAGCGGCAAAUGUCCUGCUGUCUGAGCAGGGAGAGGUGAAGCUGGCAGACUUUGGCGUGGCUGGCCAGCUGACAGACACGCAGAUCAAGCGCAACACGUUUGUGGGCACGCCCUUCUGGAUGGCACCAGAGGUCAUCAAGCAGUCUGCCUACGACUCAAAGGCUGAUAUCUGGUCUUUGGGCAUCACAGCGAUCGAGCUGGCUAAAGGUGAGCCCCCCCACUCGGACCUGCACCCCAUGAAAGUGCUCUUCCUAAUCCCAAAGAACAACCCGCCCACGCUGGAGGGCAACUACAGCAAGCCACUCAAAGAGUUUGUGGAAGCCUGCUUGAACAAGGAGCCCAGUUUUAGACCCACAGCCAAAGAGUUGCUGAAGCACAAGUUGAUUGUGCGUCACGCUAAGAAGACGUCCUACCUGACCGAGCUCAUAGACAAAUACAAGCAGUGGAAGACUGAGCAGUCUCGAGAAGAGUCCAGCUCAGACGAGUCCGACUCGGAGCCGGAUGGACAGGCUUCUGGGGGAAAUGAAUUUGGCAGUGAUGAAUGGAUUUUCACCAUUCGGGAGAAAGACCCCAAGAAGCUGCAGAACGGAGCCAGUAUUGCCGGAGAGCCGGACACUCCCAAGAGGCUAUUAUCACAGAGCCUGUCCACCAUCAUCACUCCUGUUCUAACAGAGCUUAAAGAGCGAGGUGGUGAGACCACAGUGAAGCCUGAUGUGUUGGAUGAGUUGGGAGAGGCCGUUUUCCUUGCUGAGGAGGCUUAUCCAGGAAUCUCUGAUGUCAUGGUCACUCAGCUCAUACAGAGACUGCAACGGUUCUCUAGAGCAAGAACAUCUUCCUCUUCCCACCCGUGAUCGGCCCACUAAAACUGUCCAUCACACUGCAGCCCCUUCCCCCAGGCAUCAGCUCAGCGAGUCCCAACACCAGCAGCCUCUGUGACGUCUCCCCUGGAGGACCACCUCGUCCUUCAAUCGCUUCAACAGAAGUUCUCAAGCUCCUCAAGCUUCCUCUAUUGUUUCCUCUUUUUCUUUACAAAAACUCCUGGGACAGUUCGAGAGAGUGAUAGAGGGAGGGUGUGGGUAAAUGAGUAAGUUUGAGAGAGAGAGAGUGUGUGUGUGUGUGUGUGUGUGAGAGAGAAAACUCUAGUGCGCGUAAGCAUUAGGCUGCAUAGCAGGCUGAGUAAAGAGCAGCAGUAGCUUGUUUAGCGGAGAGUGUUGUGUGGCGGAGGAUUAGCACGCUUGCCCGUGAGCAGCCCAUAACGUGUGGGCGCUUCUGCAGUCGCUGUGAUGUCACCAAGCAGAAGCCACAGCAGCAGCAACCACCCUAAAACAAGCAACCAUGGAGAAGUAGCGUGCAUGGCUCCAAACAAACAAACUAGCAUGUGUGCAUGUGUGCGGCCAGUCGGGCGAGUGUGUGUAUGUGAGUGUGUGUGUGUGUGUGAGUGUGUGUACCUGAGCCCUCGUGCAGAAGGAGAUUGCAGUCUUGCUGAAAUCUCAGGUAACGUGCUUUGAUUGGACGUAGGCGUCCAGGUAAGACGGAGAGCGCUGUGGUCUGGAUUUGUGUACAGAUGUGUAUAUAGUCUCAGUUUUACACACCUUUGGAUUAUGGAUUUUUGCAAAUGAAUCACUGUGUACAGAUGGCCACAAGCUUCUGUAGAUAUUGUUAGUUUAAGAAAAAAUACAAAAUAAAACAUAGAGAGAAAAGGUAAAUAUUUAAAAACCAAGCCUCUCAAAUGGCCAUUACUGAUAUUGCCUUGCCUUUUUAUUAAAUGUACAUUUUGGAGGUGCUCUGUUAAUUUUAAUAAGAAAUUAAAGGGUUUUACUCAAAAACUAUGCUCUCCAUCUUGUUCACGGUGACUUUUAACUUCUUUCAUUUUUUAGUUUUGCUUACUCUUUUUUUAUUCAGCAGCCACAAAAGCAGGUCCAAAUUAACUGAAUAACAAAAAAACAUUAUUAAAUGAACCAAUAACAAAAACAAGAACUGAAGGGAGAGUAAGGAUGCUUUUUCUCCUCAACUUAUAUCAGACAUGGGCCCAGAGGUGUCUAUUGGACUAAGGCAGAGAACAUAUGAGGGCAGUACUCUUGUAAAAGAAAAAGUGUAUAAGUAUAUUUUUAAAAGUAUACUUAACAUGGAAAAGUACUUUUUUUUUGUCUUGGGGCAACUUAAGUAUAUUUCAGUUGUAAUUAAGCUAUAUUUAAAUACAACAUAAAAGUAUUAAAUUGU